AUGGUGCUGUCUCUCCUACGGAGAGGGGCUCUGCUCUUCGGUACGAGUGCUGCACUAGUCGGAGCAGCGCUUUCGCCCGUACCGGUGCACAGCGAAGCCCCAGCGGUGCACGGCAUCGAGGAAAGCGCAGCAGACGCUGUCACGUUGUUGAACUGGUCGGCAACCCACGCAGUCCAUACAAACGCUCUGUUCGUACCAGAAAGCGUUGAUCAAGUUGAACAGCUUGUUGCGGAUCGCCACGCAAAGUCGGAGAAACUGAGACCGCUUGGCAGCGCACUGUCGCCAAACGCGUUGGCCUUCGAGGCGGGCGGCAUGGUAAGCUUGGCUCUUCUGGAUAAGAUUUUAUGGAUAGAUGAGAAAAAGGCUCAAGUACGCGUGCAAUCGGGUGCGCGAAUCGCGCAAGUGACGAAUGAGCUUCGCAAGAGAGGCCUCGUCCUACAGAACUUCGCUUCCAUUUCAGAACAGCAAGUGGGUGGCUUUUUUCAGGUGGGUGCACACGGGACGGGGAUCCGUAUCCCUCCUGUCGAUGAACAGGUGGUAUCAUUCCGGAUAGCGACACCUGCCGUAGGCUCGAUAGAAAUAAGCAGCGGUCAUCCGUUGUUCGGAUUGUUGCGUGUUGGCCUCGGUGCCUUCGGCGUUGUGACCGAGGUCACUCUUCAAGCCACCGCAGCACACAAACUCGUCGAAUACACAAAGGUGAUGACGCACGAAGAGCUGCGAGAUAGGCAUGAAGAGUUACUAAGUCAACACCAGCAUGUGCGCUAUAUGUGGAUACCGUACACGGACUCUGUGGUCGUUGUCUACUCGGACCCGCUAGAACGUGCCUCUGCGCCAAACAGUGCGGAUAUGCAGCACCUUACGAACGAUUACAAACUGGCACCAUUGCGUGAGUUGUUACUCGCGAGCGCUGGAAACAGACUGUCGCCACAAGAAGUACAGAGAAUGUCUUUUGCGGAGAUGCGGGACUACCUGAUUGCGAGAGACCCCUUGAAUACCGAGUGGAUUCGGCGAGUGAAUCAGGCCGAGGCAGCGUUUUGGAAACGCAGUGAAGGCAUACGCAUCGAUUGGAGCGAUAGAAUUCUGGGCUUUGACUGUGGCGGCCACCAAUGGGUAAGUGAAGUCGCUUUUCAUGCACCGCUUGGCCAGCGUCGUGAUCUCGAAUACAUGACGAAGCUGUUGCGCCUCAUUCAAGAUCACCAAAUACCAGCACCGGCACCAAUCGAACAGCGCUGGACCUCGGGAAGCGGAUCUCUGAUGAGUCCUGUCUACCGGGGACCGGAUACGCUCCCGCCGGAUCAAGACGUUUACUCGUGGGUUGGGAUUAUCAUGUAUUUACCGACAGAUGAUGAGGCUGCGCGUCAAAGUAUAACCAGGGAAUUCUGGCGAUACCGGCACCUAUGUGCAAAGUUAUGGGAAGCGUACGAUGCCGCCGAGCACUGGGCCAAGAUUGAAAUCCCCAGUCCAUCGUAUAUGGGAUCAGAGGACGCACUCCGAUACAAAAACUUCAUUUUGAAAAGAGUUCGGGAGAAGUAUCCAUUGGACAACUUUGGACGCGCGCAUAGGAUGUUGGACCCUAACCGCAUCAUGACGAAUGCUUUCAUCGAUGAGGUAUUGCUCGAUAAUGUGGAACCAUCGAAAGAAUCGAACGUUUCGCAGGACCGCGUUAUCUGA